AAUGGAAGGGAAGCAGGCGGUCAGACAGGACUGACGCUGUGAGAGGAAGAGAACGAUCUGGGGUUUGAGGCAGCGGGAACGAGUGAGGCUUCCGAUGGGACCCAGAAGAAAGGCCCACCUGAGGAAACCCUCCUAGGAUAGAAGGAGAAGAACAGAACAGAACAGAAUGAUAGUGGCAGGGGCGAGAGAGAAAGAGAGCGAGAAAACAGGUUGACAGGAAGUGGAGGUUCAAGAACUUCCUCUUCACAGCGGCGAUCCCAAUAAAGACCAAGAGAAGAAGACCCCCCUACGACCCCUCAGAAGAGGCUUUUCCCGGGGGAAGCCGUCCGUCCAUCGAGCCUCCCCAUCUGCGAUGGCCUCGCUGGGGAUCCAGAUGCUGGCCAGCGCCCUGGCCCUGAUGGGCUGGGCAGGCGCCAUCCUCAGCUGCGUCAUGCCCCUGUGGCGGGUCAGGGGCUUCGUGGGGUGCACCAUCAUCACCUCGCAGACCAUCUGGGAGGGCAUCUGGAUGAGCUGCGAGUGGCAGAGCACGGGCCAGAUCUCCUGCAAGCCGUACCAGUCCAUGCUGGCGCCGAGCUCCGACCUGCAGGCCGCGCGGACGCUGACCGUGCUCGCCAUCCUCACGGGCGCCGCGGGCCUCCUGCUGGCCUUCAUCGGCGGCAAGUGCACGCGCUUCCUGGACGACGCGCCAGGCCGGAGCAAGGUGAUGGUGGCGCUGGCGGCGGGUGGCGUGCUCAUCGCCGCGGGACUGCUGCUCCUGAUCCCCGCAUCGUGGACGGCCGCCUCGUUGGUCAGCAAGAACAACAGCAGCUUCACCAUGAACAUCGAACGCCGGGAGAUGGGGGCGUCGCUGUACAUCGGCUGGGCGGCGUCCGUCAUGCUGAUCCUGGGCGGGGCGUUGCUCAUCGGCUCCUCCUGCCCGCUCCGACCCCCGGUCGACGACGAGAGGAGCGCGUCCGCCGUGCGCUACGUGGCGUUGGAGUCGCUGGAGUCGGUGAAGACCUAGGGCAGCGAGGACGCUCGGUCCAACGCGGUCAAAUCAUACUUAUAGGAGCGCGACCCCCCCCCCCCCCCACCCCGCCCCCCAUGCUGCGCCCUGAGCCCACCGCCUCCAUGCGGCUCCUCCACAAACACUGCACUGUGUAGCAUUAUAGCAUGGACUCACCAUUUUACUGUUAACCUGCACUAUUGACUUUUCAUGCAGUGACAUGGUUUGAGAACAUAUGCCUGUCUAUGUUUAGCAAUGGGUGAUGAUAAGCUUUAGACAUGAAGGAUUUGUUCAAAACCUUUUAGAAAAAAUGUUGAUAUGUUGAAGAUGUGUAAGUACAUCUUCAAAGCUCUAGUGAAGAUGUUUAUUUGUGAUUGUUAUGAUGUAAAUGUUUAUUCUUAAUUAAUGAAGACGAUGAAGUUAACGUGCACUCAGAUUUUAGGGAAACGUUCAAUGUUUUAAUAUGUUGUAUCCCAUUUAUAGAUUAGAUAGAUUAUUACGUAUCCUUUUUCACCUCAACUGAAAGUAAUUGUUUUUUCAAGGAAACAAUGGAAGGUUUGAAAUAGGAGCUCACUAUCUGACAAUGCUCUCAUGCUUUUACAAACCACAUGGUAAACUGGUUUGACAGAAAGUGAGCUUUCACGAGGCCGGGCAAUACAGAGAGGCCUUGGAUGACAUUAGGUUUCACUGCAGGGCGCUCUGGCUGUCCGCAUUGGAACAUUUUUGCAUAUUCAAAUAUGGUGUUUCGAUGCAAACAAGAACUUUUAUGCUGGGCAAAAUGCACAUUUAGUUAUUAUUGAUAUAUUACAUAUGAGUUUUGGAAUUGUAUUUGUGUAUGAGACAACUGCCCGCUUAUCCUUUUAAAACCAAGUUUACGUGUUGUACAUUUACAUUCUUCAAUCUAAAAUAAACAUUUCUUAUCGUA